CCUUGAAGAGCCUUAUUGUUAUAAAUUUCGACGCUCAGCAAUAGGCUAUACGGAGACGUCCGAUAUCAACGAUUGUCAUCCUUUGAACUCUAUCUGCCAUCAUGAUCAUGAUGGGGAGCGGGCGAUAUAAUAAAAGACACGAUCUUCACCGCCUUCGUGACUUCGUUGCUUGAACCUACGCUCGGUCGAGGGCCACUGAUCCAACUUAGAACCACCAUAGCACUCCAAUGAACGAUCGCUGAUAUGGUACCAUCUGUCGCGCUGCUCAUUCGACCCACAUCGCCCAUGGCUUCUCGCACGCGCAAGCCCUGGACGCCAGCUCAUGCCAUGCAAGGCCCGAACAGUUCAGAGCACAGAGUGCUUUCGACCUUGGCCAAGGCCGCACACCUAUACUCCGCGACGGGCUACUCGCAUGUUAUACAUUCCCUGGACCGAAAUCGCCUCGAUAGAAAUGAUUUACUGCAUCUGACUGGCGCAACAACGAGGAUCCAUGAUCGCGCCUCGCUUGUAGCUUUUAAAACGCGUCUUGGCAAGCGGGUUUGGCGACCAGCGACGGAGAAACGCCUCGUAGAGAUCGAGCAUAGCAAUUCCCCCACUCAUGUCACAGUGCGCUAUACAGCAGAUCCGGACACAGUGGGCCAGAACCUCUCCUUUCCGAAUCAUUGCCAUGGGUUUUUAUACUUUUGGUGCCCCCCGCAUCUUCCGCCGCUUAGACACGAAGUACGCUUCCGUCGCAUUCCAAGUCCCGAAGUGCGAGCGUUCGACUACGGCUCAGACCUCAGGUUUCCUAACGGCAUGGAGUGGCGGAUUCCGCUGCUCAAGAUUGUCCAGGACAAGCCCUACAUGAUGCUACAGCACAUGCUGCGACGAGACAAUCUCAUCUCGGACACGUUGUUGAAAAAGAUUGCGGGUAUGAAGUAUGGUAACGGGACACGUAUGAACCUCCAGGUCAUCCACACGACCAAAGAGUCAUUCUUUGUGGACUUCGAAAGUCCUUACAACCCCAUAUAUGUCGAUGACGGCGAUGUCAUCCUCCCUUGCAGAAUCCAUUCUGCGCUCCGCGACAACCGGCUAGAAUAUCGGGAUCUCGCCACAUACUCUGGCUCGGCGGUGCUCAAAUUCGAGCGGUCCUUCUACAAGGGCAACCGUGGCCUAUUGAUGCGCGUCGUGAAGGUCGUUGUACCGUUCGAAUGCGCUAUCCCUAACUACGAUCGCUAUUACGAAAAGCCAGAGAGAGGGAAGCUGCUGAUGCGGGCUGGCCGGCCGAUCAUGCUCCACGUCAAUGAAAACGUGAGGGAGUUGCAUGCAAUGGCCUAUUCACUGCUGUUCAAACGUGGUCUCGAGCCCGGAUGAGCGUUCUCUGGUCGUCAGGCGGGACAAUGGUUGGUGAUUUUGAGGACAUAUAUUGUUGGUUUCAUGUGCGGUGACAACUCAUGGCGCUUGAUUGACGAGCAUCUUCCGUUUCGAGUUUCUUGCAUUCUGGACAUAAGUCAUUGACAGCAUUCACUGAUCUUAUCUUGGACUUGUAUACUACUUCCUGCACUCCGGACUCAUUCACCGGACUGCAUCGUGCUUGAGUUUGACCUGAUGUUUAGCUCACUGUGUGUAUGUGAUGUACGACGUAUAGCUACGUACGACUCUGUAUAUAGAGGAUUGUAACCGUCAUGUGCGAACCAAUAGGGUCUGCUUGAUUCAACGUGACGCGUCCAACGCGGC